UCGGGACGGCGCACCUCUCCCUCUUCUCGGCAAAAGCCUAGGCUACAGGAACCACCUAUUCCUAGUCCAAUUCGAUGGAGGGCGGCUCCAGUGCGUCGUUGUCGAGCAAGUCGGCGGCGCCGGCAAGGAAGAGGAAGCCGGGGACAUGGGGGAGGCUCCCGCGUGUCCCGCGCGCCGCGACCCAUGCCAUCAAGGAAAGGGGGGAGCUGGGGAUAUGGUUCAUAACGCCUGAGGAGUUGCAGCGGCAGGCCCUGGAGCGUGCCAACGAGCUGGAGAAGAUGGACGACAGCGGGUGCGACACGGAGGAGGCCAAAAUCGCCUUCCGGGCCUUCAAGGAGGAGAAUCUCCGCUUGGACCGCUGGAUCGCCAAGGGCUGGCCGGAGCAUAUAGUCGUCAACCGCAACCCGCAGCCCAGCGACAUGGAGGAAGAGUAUCUGACCGCCGAGGACAUGGAGGCACGCUUCUCACAUCGUAACCCCACUCAUGGAGCACAACUAAAACACUUUGCUUGCCUUGCCUUGGCACAUUACAAUGCCACAAAGACCGAGCACAAGUUUGACCUUGGUGAAGCCUUGACAUCUAACUGGUUUUCUGAGGCGUGUGGGACGACAUAUGCUCAUGUCAACUUCACGGCCAUUCCCCAGAAGAGUAAUCACCCUACGAAGAGGUUAUUCUUCGUUGAGCUCAUGCUCAUUCCAGAGCUCCAGAUGGAGGAGGAUACCGAGCCUAUGCGUGUGCUGCAUGUCUCGACUAUUGAUGAUGUUCCCUGUUAUGGAAAAAACCUGGAGUUCACCAGGCUGGCUGAAGUUGUGAGGCUGGGAGGCUGAUGGUGCUGCUACUGGCUGAUCCUUCUUCUUUCAGUUUUUGUUCAUCAUUUAUCAAGCCGUUGGACCAGGGCUACUUCCCUAUGU